GUUUUCACCCUUGAUUUGUGGGUGAUUAUUUUCUGUGUCUUCCACACUGAACUGUUUCGGUUUUUGUUAUUUCACGGUGUUAUUUUGUAUUUUUCUGUGUUCUAUUUCGGUGGUCCAGUCAUGAUGAGUCGGGAAAGCCAGUUGGCAAAAAUAGGUAUUGUAGCCCAAGUAGUGGCUGAUGAACCUCUUUGGAUAGCUGGGAGAUGGGCCUAGUAAAGCUAGCUUCAGGCUAAAGAGUUGAGUAGACACAAAACAGAACAUAUCUGACCUGCAACAGCACAAGGUGCAGUUAGUUACAUCAUAUACUGUCCAUCCAUUUAAACAAUUAAAAAUUAAACACUCUUUGCCCCUCCCCUUGAAUGUGCUCAUCACUUGAGCAAAAUGUUUUGUUCUUCUGGAGUGGAAUUCACCACAUCACAUCUCACAACCCACAUUUGGUGACAAACACCUAACUGAACGCACAAGAAGACAGACAAACUCAGCAACAACAUGCAUCGUGAAACAGUACUUUUUCUACUGGUUGUGAUCAUAAUGGGAAACAGCCUCAUGACUGUUGCAUUGGAUCCUAAGCCCACUGAACAGGCCAACCUACCACAGAGGCCUGUCCUUCAGCCCAAAGAGACUGUUCCUGUCACCGGAAACUAUGUGCUGAAAGACCCUACAGGCACGUCGUGCAUCAAACUCUCCAUGGGAGUUGAGUACAUAGUUAUUGAGAAGAAGAAACCUUCCUAUUUCAACUUAGACCCUACCACCACCAAGACUACUGGUAGAUGUGCUGAAAAAGAGUCCGUUCUCUCCCUGGCUUUUCUAGGAAAGGGAGGCGAUCUGAAUUUCACCUUUGAAAAGGAAGGGAACUUGACCUAUGUGUCAAAGAUCACAGGUAAUUUGGCACCAGGCAAAGGAAUUAAGAACUAUUCUGGGGUAAUAGAACAUGAGAAGCUGUUCCCAACUGCCGCUGGCCGCAGCCUCAAGUGCUCCUCUCAGACAGAGUUUCAUCUGUCUGAGAACCUUCGAGUGAAGAUUGUGUCUCUUCAGUUCCAAGCUUUCAAACUCACCAAUGGGAAUUUUGGAGAGGAGGUUGAGUGCAGGGCUGAUUUCAUCAAGAAGAUCAUUCCCAUUAUUUGUGGUGCCGCGGUUGUGGGGCUCUUGCUGAUUGCUGUCCUGUCCUUCCUGAUCAUCCGGGACCACCACAGACAAGCUGGCUAUGACAGGAUCUGAGAAUGCUUCAUGCAAAAAAACAUGAACACUUUUUAUAGCCAUGUUUUGUAUUUCCUAAAUGUUUUUUUUUAUCCAUUGCCAAUUAGACACUAUUGUUGUUUUUAAAUAUGAAAUAUUUCUGCAAAGAAAAUAUAAAUAACAUUAUUACAGUAAAAAAAUAUGUGAAUGUGGUUAACACUUAUAGGAAAGCUCUGUGUAAUUUUUUUUAGAAUUUUGAUGUUUGGAGAUUAUAUUCUGGUUUGAAGAGUGCAUACAUUCCCGUGUGGCUUUAUCCAGCUGGAUUGAAAUACAUUAUCAUCAAAUGCAUGUAUACGCCUUUUUAUAAAAACACACUGCCCAAAAACA